CCCUUAACCCAGAUGAUAGAUACUUGACAUAGUAGCCAUAAAGCAGCAGCUGGGACACGAUGGAACAGACAUCUUUUCUACAUUAUGAACAUGCCUAUGUAGCAAUGAAGCGGGAUUAUAGUAUUGAAACAGCCACACUGUAAUCAUCACCGACGUCAUGCAGGUGCUCCGGCCAUCACUUCCCCCACUUCAGUCAACUCCAUGACUUCCCCCACCUCAGUCAACUCCAUGAUUUCCCCUAUCUCAGUCAACUCCAUGACUUCCCCCAUUUCAGUCAACUCCAUGACUUCCCCCACCUCAGUCAACUCCAUGACUUCCCCCACCUCAGUCAACUCCAUGACUUCCCCCAUUUCAGUCAACUCCAUGACUUCCCCCACCUCAGUCAACUCCAUGACUUCCCCCACCUCAGUCAACUCCAUGAUUUCCCCCAUCUCAGUCAACUCCAUGACUUCCCCCAUUUCAGUCAACUCCAUGACUUCCCCCACCUCAGUCAACUCCAUGACUUCCCCCACCUCAGUCAACUCCAUGACUUCCCCCAUUUCAGUCAACUCCAUGACUUCCCCCAUUUCAGUCAACUCCAUGACUUCCCCCAUUUCAGUCAACUCCAUGACUUCCCCCACCUCAGUCAACUCCAUGACUUCCCCCACCUCAGUCAACUCCAUGACUUCCCCCACCUCAGUCAACUCCAUGACUUCCCCCAUUUCAGUCAACUCCAUGACUUCCCCCAUUUCAGUCAACUCCAUGACUUCCCCCACCUCAGUCAACUCCAUGACUUCCCCCACCUCAGUCAACUCCAUGACUUCCCCCACCUCAGUCAACUCCAUGACUUCCCCCAUUUCAGUCAACUCCAUGACUUCCCCCAUUUCAGUCAACUCCAUGACUUUCCCCACCUCAGUCAACUCCAUGACUUCCCCCAUCUCAGUCAACUCCAUGACUUCCCCCACCUUAGCCAACUCCAAUGUACCAAGUGGAUGUCAGAUGUGUUUUAAACAUUGAUUGUGCAGAAAUCUGCGUUUCUUUCUGUCCUUUCACCGAUUUGGAGGCUAGCGAUGACAGAACUCCACAGGGGAAGCUGGUGUGAAAACACUGGCGGGUUAUCCAGUGUUUACCCAGCUGUCAAAUAUAACUAACAGAAAAGGGAAACACUUGUCUCCGUUUGUUUGGUUGCUCAGGAUACCGGACUCUCUCCCAACAUGGCCGUUUAAUUACGUGUUCGUGUCAUGUUUGACAGAAGGGAAACACACAGCUCUCAGUCAGUCCAUUUGGGGAGGAGAGUGGGUGGCCUAGACAGGCACAGUGAAGGACCUGUGUUCCCUCAGACCCCGGUCAGUCUGGGUUCCCUCAGACCCCGGUCAGUGUGGGUUCCCUCAGACCCCGGUCAGUGUGGGUUCCCUCAGACCCCGGUCAGUGUGGGUUCCCUCAGACCCCGGUCAGUGUGGGUUCCCUCAGACCCCGGUCAGUGUGGGUUCCCUCGGACCCCGGUCUGUGUGGGUUCCUUCGGACCACGGUCAGUGUGGGUUCCCUCAGUCCCCGGUCAGUGUGGGUUCCUUCGGACCCCGGUCAGUGUGGGUUCCCUCGGACCCCGGUCAGUGUGGGUUCCCAGUCAGUGUGAGUUCCCAGUCAGUGUGGGUUCCCUCAGCCCUGGUUUGUGUGAGUUCCCAGUCAGUGAGGGUUCCCUCAGACCCUGGUCAGUAUGAGUUCCCAGUCAGUGUGAGUUCCCAGUCAGUGAGGGUUACCUCAGACCCUGCUCAGUGUGGGUUCCCAGUCAGUGUUGGUUCCCUCAGACCCAGUCUGUGUGAGUUCCCAGUCAGUGUGAGUUCCCAGUCAGUGAGGGUUCCCUCAGACCCUGGUCAGUGUGGGUUCCCAGUCAGUGUGGGUUCCCUCAGACCCGGGCAGUAUGCUCAUCAUUUACACGUCAGGGCCGCUGUGGUGUUGUCAGUGUUCAGACCAACAGACUAGCCUGUGACCUGCAUGCCAAGGGUAGCCAACUGGCAAAUCCUUGAGUCACUGGCAAACUGCCUCUUCUCCACUCCUAAUCCAGCCCAGGAAGUUUGUAGAGCAGACAGACUGGACUUUAAUAUGGCUCUUUGGCCGUAUUAGGGAGAAACGACAGGACAAACAUAAUAAAUGUUUCUGCAUGCUACAUAACUGAAUUUCAAAUAAGUAUGUGUCAGUGAGUGUGUAGUAUGAGAUACUAGAUAGGAACGAAUGAAAAAACCAAAUGAAAAGUGUUGUGUAGCCAUAGUCUGGCCCAGACCCCCAUCCCUCUUCUCUCCAGCAGGGAGGGGGGAUCUUGGGGAACAGGUGGCUGUGGUGUCCCCAGGCCCAGCUGGUCUUGUCCCACUCACUGAGGAAGUGGGACUUAACAUGCGCCCAGUUCUAAGCCAAGUACAAACUCAUCUAUUCCUGGCACAAUGUGGCUCCAUGCAGCCUGGCCUGUCUUGCACCAACUGCCAUGCGAUAUGGCGAUAGACGCAGCCCACCACAGAUGAAACAGAGCUGGCCUAAGGGGAGAAGCCCUGGUCCUCUUAUCUGAGAGUAUGAUACAUUGGCAAGUCUGACUCCAUCACCAUCAGCGUGUGGAACCACAAGAAGAUCCACAAGAAGCAGGGGGCCGGCUUCCUGGGCUGUGUGCGCCUGCUGUCCAACGCCAUCAACCGCCUCAAAGACACAGGCUAUCAGAGGCUGGACAUGAACAAGCUGGGCCCCAAUGACAGUGACACAGUGAGGGGUCAGAUAGUAGUGAGCCUGCAGUCCAGAGACCGGAUAGGCUCAGGAGGCCCUGUGGUUGACUGCAGUCGUCUGUUUGACAAUGACCUGCCAGAUGGCUGGGAGGAGCGGAGGACUGCGUCUGGCAGGAUCCAGUACUUGAACCACAUCACGCGCACUACACAGUGGGAGAGGCCUACCAGCCUCCCUGAGCUUGGUGUCCCUCUUCGCCUUCUCCCCGUUCCCUCCAGGCCUGCAUCAGAGUACUCCAGCCCCGGCCGGCCUCUCAGCUGCAUCGUGGACGAGAACACGCCUAUCCUGAGCACCAAUGGGGACACGCCCACCGUCCCGUGCGUGCCGUCCAGUGACCAGCGGGCCCAGGAGAGACGCGUCCGCUCCCAAAGACACCGGAACUACAUGAGCAGGACACACCUGCACACACCGCCAGACCUGCCCGAGGGAUACGAGCAGAGGACCACGCAGCAGGGCCAGGUGUACUUCCUCCACACCCAGACAGGAGUCAGCACUUGGCAUGACCCUCGGGUGCCCAGAGACCUAAGUAAUGUAAACUGUGAGGAGCUGGGUCCACUGCCCCCUGGCUGGGAAAUUAGGAACACAGCUACCGGACGGGUCUACUUCGUCGAUCACAACAACCGCACCACGCAGUUCACCGACCCGCGGCUUUCAGCCAACCUGCAUCUAGUCCUCAACCCAAGCCCUAACAGUUCCCGUGGCUGCAUCGAAAAUCAGAACAGUCAGAUCAGCCGUCAGAACCAGCUGAAGGAGCAGGCACAGCAGGUGCUGGUGUCUCCGGGUAAUCUGCCAGAGGAAGCAGAGUGCCUCACGGUGCCCAAAUACAAGAGGGACCUGGUGCAGAAGCUGAAGAUCCUCCGCCAGGAGCUGUCCCAGCAACAGCCUCAGGCAGGCCACUGCCGUAUAGAAGUGUCCCGUGAGGAGAUCUUUGAGGAGUCUUAUCGACAGGUGAUGAAGAUGAGGCCUAAGGACCUGUGGAAGAGAUUGAUGGUGAAGUUUAAAGGGGAGGAGGGGCUGGAUUACGGAGGGGUGGCCAGGGAGUGGCUGUAUCUUUUGUCCCAUGAGAUGCUGAAUCCAUACUAUGGCCUGUUCCAGUACUCCCGUGACGACAUAUACACCCUACAGAUUAACCCAGACUCCGCCGUAAACCCGGAGCAUCUGUCCUACUUCCACUUUGUGGGUCGUAUCAUGGGCAUGGCGGUGUUCCACGGCCACUACAUCGACGGGGGCUUCACCCUGCCCUUCUACAAGCAGCUUCUGGGUAAACCCAUCACCCUGGGCGACAUGGAGUCCGUGGACCCGGACCUCCACAACAGUCUCGUCUGGAUCCUGGACAAUGACAUCACAGGAGUGCUGGACCACACCUUCUGUGUGGAGCACAAUGCCUACGGGGAGAUCAUACAGCACGAACUCAAACCCAAUGGCAAGAGCAUCCAGGUUACCCAGGACACCAAGAAGGAGUAUGUCAGACUGUAUGUGAACUGGCGUUUCCUGCGAGGCAUCGAGGCCCAGUUCCUGGCCCUGCAGAAGGGCUUCAACGAGGUCAUCCCACAGCAUCUUCUCAAGGCCUUCGACGAGAAGGAGCUGGAGCUCAUAGUGUGUGGCCUGGGCAAGAUCGACAUCAAUGACUGGAAGUCCAACACCAGGCUGAAGCACUGCACCGCUGACAGCAACAUCGUCAAGUGGUUCUGGAGGGCCGUGGAGUCUUACGACGAGGAGCGCCGGGCCAGGCUGCUGCAGUUUGUCACCGGCUCCUCCAGGGUGCCCCUACAGGGCUUCAAAGCCCUCCAAGGUGCAGCGGGCCCACGACUCUUCACCAUCCACCAGAUCGACGCCAGCUCCAACAACCUGCCCAAAGCCCACACCUGCUUCAACCGGAUCGACAUUCCUCCCUAUGAGCACUAUGACAAGCUUUAUGACAAGCUUCUCACUGCCAUCGAGGAGACGUGUGGCUUUGCUGUGGAGUGAAACGCUGCUAACACAGCAGUCGGCAGGAAUAAGGAGCGAAGGAAUGGCCCCACCAUCCAGUCCACCCAGGGAAAGAAGGGGCGUCUACGGUCCCAUGGCCCAAGGAGGGGAAUGUGACCAGGCCGAGAGGGGGAGGCAGAGGACACCAGAGCUAGUUAUCUGGUCCUGUCCAGUGGUCUCUCCUCAUGUCCCUUCUUUUUACAAAAUAAAAAAAAACAUUUUCAGCUGCUAAUAAUUCAGACUAUUUACUAACUUGUAGAACCUGCUUAAAUUGCUGGCUCUUCCCUUUUUUGUGUAAGUUCCUUUUUAGCGUUUUAAAACCAGUCAGUAUUCCAUUUAACACCCGACCGUCGUACCAAGCUGUACAGGAGGUCUACACCUGAACAAAACAAUGGCCACAAAAACAACACUAGUAUCACUGGUUUGAUGGAGUACAGGGUUAUACACAACACUGAACUAUGCAUGUAUGUUUGGAGGCACCCAGGCUCUUUAGUGGGGCCUGAGUCCACCUCUUCCACCUAAGCCUCUCGUGGGUUACCUGUCAUCACACAGAGGCUGGAUUUUCGGGGAAACAUGUUCAGAACUGGAUCUUAUGGAGAUAGGCAUCCAGAUCCCCACUGUCUAUUACCCUCCAAAGAAAGCAAGGGCCCCUUCUCAGGCGCUUCCAAGCAACCAGUGCUGAAGUCUGUCCCACGUCUGACACCUAAGCUUUUUUUGAAAAUGAAAUGGAUAAAUAGCAUGAAAGGUGUUAUUUUUAUAUAGCGGGAAAAUUUAAAAAAUAAACACUAAAAUUAUAUAAUAUAUAUAAUUUAUUGCUGUUAUUCCAGAAAUCUUUGCCAUUAUUCCAGAAGAAAAAUACUAACGUUUUAGAUGUUCAAAGUUUAACUGUUUAUAUUAGGGACAAGUUGUGAAAACAGAGUUAGGCUUGAAUUCAGUUCACCUAGAUUGCUGUGUGGGAGAUCUUUCCAUGGCCUGUCUCCUACACGGUAAGUGUACGGGUGGUCUUAAAGGCAGAUUGUCUUUUAUACACACAGUCUUCUGAGUGCCAUUAUAUUUUUCAGUUGUUUAGAUAUUAACUGAACCUUUAAAUUCUGGGGACAUCGUCCUAUAGGUACAUAUGGUAGUGUAUGCGCGGUGUGUUGCACGGGUCCUUCUCAUGAAUAGGCAGACCGGCGAAAAGUUCCCUGCUUCUCUCAUGCAUGUUGUUAGGUGGACAUUAUACACAACAUACAUUUUUCUAAGUGCUACAUUUGCCAUUGUGGCAAAUAACUACUUCUGGUUGUGGUCUUCUGGUGCUAAAUACAGUAGCUAAUUUAUUUCAUGAGAUUGGCAAAGUUGGUGCAUGGAGAAGCAAACAAAAAAACUGCAUCGAAUUGAACAGACAUCACUCAGACUUAAAGAUAUAAUCUCAGGAGAUGUCAUAUUAUUUGUUGUAGAACUUCUGAGCUGACUUGGUCAGAUACAAAACAUUUUCCUCUAAUGGUUGGAUGUCUUAUACAGUACAUUGUGUUAAGGGGCUAAGAUGUCCACUCGUCAUUUGUAAAUGUAACCUAACAAUAGACCUUGAUGUGUUUUUUCAGUUUCCACAUUGAACAUAAAUAUAAAUGCAACAAUUUGAGAGAUUUCACAGAGUAACAGUUCAUAUAAGGAAAUUGAAAUGAAUCCAUUAGGUCCACUUGUGAAAUACGCUUUUUGUAGUUAUGGAGUAUUUCCAGGAUAUUUUCUUUCAGCUCAUGAAAAAUGGGACCAACACUUCACUUGUUGCAUUAUUAUUUUUCUAUAUGUAUAUAUCUCCAUAUUGGCUAUAAUUUAAAUCUAAAUUAAUGAAAUAAUCCCCAAUUUCUACUUGCCUGAGUCUAGCUCUCCCUUUUUUACGCUGCCUUUCUACAGUAGCAAUCUGACCGUGGACUGUUCUAUAAGUUUGGAUACAUUUAAAAUGCUCAUCUAUUCUUUUUAUUUGUGUCUGCUAAGUGAACAUUUCGCCAUUGAAAAUGUCAUCAGAUGGUGCUUUGUGUUAUGAUUUGAAAUUGUUCAUAUGUGGAUCUCAACCUGUUAUUUAAGUAGAAAUAUUCUCAAAAAGAAUGCACACAGUUUCCGUAUGUAAUGGUUAUAUGUCUAUUUUACGUACAAGAUAGCUUAUGUGCUGAAGGAUUUUAUAUAUAACAUUUACUCUACAGUCAAUUGCACACUGAUCUCCUUACAGUCUGUUUGUUUUUACAUCUCAGUUUGCAUUACUCCAUAGCUGCUUCUAUAAAAAAAAAUUGAACCUUUUAUUAACAAGUCGAAGUUGGGAUGCAGCUUUCUGUUGCUUUGUUUUUUAGCAUGAUCCACUAGCAGAACUAUAUCUCCUAUAGCUGACUGAUGCAAUUUGAUGUACGUAACACUAUCAUUUUUGUAAGAGUUUUAUUUUUGUGUGUAAUUAGUCAAAUUAAACUUGCUUUUGUCUACUGAUA